CGCGGGCAUGCUCUUUUGCGCCUUUGAUGUCGCGAGCAGAGACACCAGAACCCAGUCGCCUGCAAGGACGACGGAAUGUUAUCACUGAGGUGCAGCUACUCGAUGGGGAGGGUGCGAUCUCCGACCAACUGGAACUUUGCCUCAAGUACAUCUUCGGCAAAUACUGUGUACCGCCUCCUUUAGUUUCGGCCGAUUUGAAUUCUUCUGCACCAUUGGCGAAUACCGGCAGAGCAGCCUUUGAACUCAGGACCGUGCUUCCAGAGGGUGCAUAUCUCACACAGGAGGGUCUCGAUUCGUGGGCACAGGACACCAAUGGCGCGCCUUUUCCCCAGGAAACCAAGGACGAGCUGGUGGAAUUUUUGGACGUGACAGACGCUGGGGAGUUGACGUGUGCCGAUCUCACUAUCCGUGUCGCUGGAGUCUGA